AAUUAAGAGUUAAGAGCCCCUUUCUGCUGCAAAGUACAAUGGAGAGGGUAGGUUAAUACCAGAAAUGUGGAGUGUCGUUUGACGGAGAAGGUCGAAUUUUAACUCUGGUGACCUUCUCUUUAAUGAUGUGACACCAAAAUGCUUGAAUACUUGACUGAAAAUAUGCAAGAUGACUAAGUUUUUGUUUCGAUUGGUGGAAAAGGGGGUUUCGUGACGUCACCAAGAGAAUUCCAUAGUGUGCAGAAGCUUUGGAUUUAUAAGGAGCCAGCGAAUAUUGAGAAGUCAGUUCACUUCUAGCAUCUGAACAGCGAGUGACAUGAAGAUCCUAGUGGCUCUAGCUGUAGUCUCUUGCUGCCAAGCAGCUAUCCUCUUGGCUCCAAGGAAUCCUGACGACGUUGGAGCUGCAGUAACAUUCAAUAAACAAGAUGGUAUCGGAUCUUAUGAUUUUGGUUACAGCGAGGGUCAUCCAUCAGGUGCAUCUUUCCGAAGAGAAUCAGGCGAUAUUUAUGGCAAUAAAGUAGGAACUUUUGGUCUCAAAGAUGCAGAUGGAAGGGUAAGAAUUGUUCGUUACGUCGCCGACGCCAACGGAUUCCGUGCUGAUGUCACUUCAAAUGAGCCUGGUGUCGCUCCACAAGAUCCAGCUUCAGCUACCAUAAACAAGCCCGCCAUAGUACCAGCUCCAGUGGUACCUGUUGCACCAGCUGUGCCGGUUGCUCCAAUUGCUUAUGGCCCACCACCACCACCACCUCCUCCUCCAGCAGUUGUGUUUCCACAACCAAAGCCUCUGCCACCACCACCUCCACCACAAUACAAUUACGUUUAUUCCGAUAUUGCUCCAGUAGCACCUCCUCCUCCACCACCACCAUCAUAUUACGCACCUCCUCCUCCACCACCACCACCUCCAGCACCAGCUGCAUAUGCUGUAUCGUCUCCUGUAGCAAUACCACCACCACCUCCACCACCUAAAGCUCCUGUCGGAUUUGCUGCUUAUGGACCAGCGCCACCACCUCCUCCACCUCCAGCAUAUUACAACAAUUUGAUCCAAGGAAAAGGGGUAUUUCGGCCGUAUCUAUAAUAAAUGAAGUCUAGUAAAUGUUGAACGUAUCAUUCCAUUGCCAUAAGAUGACUACUCUACAAGAAAUUGUCAUGAAUUGAGAUGUCAGUUAAUUUUGGAGAAGAAUAUGAGAAGUGGAUGGGAUUUAAAAUUAUUCAAAAAAGAUAAAUAUCUUUAAUUUGCACAAUACUAUUAUAUAAGAGUUCAAAAAUAUUCAAAUAACUAAAUUAAGAACUAUUUUUCAUAUAUUUAUUUUUUGUAAAUUUUCCAAUGACUUUUAUUCUCAUUUGUAUUUCAUUAUUUAUGUAAAACUUGUGAGCUUUUAAAUUUAUAAAUGUGCAUUUUUUGUACUAUAUUUCAGAUACUUAUCUCUCUAAGCUGCUUGUAAUAAGAUGGAAGCAAAUUUAUUUCAAAUUUAGUCAUUAUUAUGAGCAUCAUGAGCCUGUUUUGAACUUUUUGGUGCAAUGUGAUAGCUUGAA